UUACGACAUCAGCUGCCGUUCCUACUUUGCUCUCUGGCUUCAAGUUCUAGCCGCUGCGUUUGGAAGAAGGAUAGAUCCACCGGGAUAUAGAGGACCACGGAAAGACAGAACACGACCCGAACCGGUCUUCCUCCAGGUUGCCGAGCCGCUGAAAGGCGUGCCGUUCCGGGCCGUGCCAGGCUCAGACGGGAUGCGCUGGAAGAAUCCUCCCGUCCAGCCACAGGCCACCGCUGGUGUGCUCAUCUGGUAAAUAUAGGACACACCGAGGCAGGAGGGAGGCGAGAUGGGCUUCCUGCACCAGCUACAUCUCCUGCUGUGGAAGAACAUCUCUCUGAAGAGGAGAGGGCCGUGGGUGCUGGCAUUUGAAAUUUUCAUCCCACUAGUCCUCUUCUUCAUCCUCCUGGGUCUGAGGCAGAAGAAACCAGCGAUCUCCGUCAAGGAAGUGUCUUUUUACAGUGCCGCCCCGCUCACCUCUGCCGGCAUCAUUCCCAUCAUGCAGUCGCUGUGCCCAGAUGGACAGAGGGAUGAGUUUGGAUUCCUGCAGUAUAAGAAUUCUACAGUGACUCAGCUGUUGGAGCGAAUCAGUGAAGUGGUUGAACAGAACCGCCUCUUCACAUCUAACAGACCGGGUUUGGGUCAGGAUCUGGAGACCCUGCAGCAGCACCUGGAGAGCCUCAGCGCUGCACCUUUACCGCCUGACUACGGCUUCAACAGCAGCCAAGGCUUCCCACUGGCUGGUGUGUUGAAGAACCAGGAAGGUUUCCAGCAGUUCUUAGUCAGGAAUCUUUCCCUCUCCAACGCCACAGCUAGCACGCUGCUCAACAGCUCAGUGAACCUCCAAGAGGUGUACAGUCUGAUCUUCGAUAGUGGAGGGCCAACCAGCUGGAUUCAUGGACCAAAACUCCUCAAUAAGAAACCUGCAGACAAACUUCUGCAGAUUAAGGAGAGACUGCUGGGUGGUGUUCAGAGUAUGGAUGGAGGUGAAGAUACAGGGAGAGCAGCAAACAGGAAGGCUGUGGUCCAGAUCAUAUCCUGGGCGCUGGGCCUGUCGGCCGCCUCUGGCAGCCGGGCCGAGCAGCUUCAGGGGAUCCAGGAGCUGGAGGGAGUUCUCCUGACUGGAUCCAUGCUGCAGUUCCUGACCUGUGGGGAGCGUGGCGACAUUCAGCUCAGGAAGAUUCUGCUGGUUUCUGAGAAGCAGCAGUCUGCACUGCAGGCAUAUCACAGCCUAAUGUGUAGCCAAGAGGAGGGUCAAAGGUCAGAGCGAUUCAGACAGCUGAGCAAGGAGCUACGAGAGCAGAUCAACACUCAAAGUGUCGCUGACAAGCUUCAUGUGGAGCAGGUCGGCCCUCUGGCCCCCCUGUCCCAGUCCCAGCUGGGUGCCCUGCUGAAGGACCUGGCUGAUGUGGAGAGGCUCUUGAAGGACGUGGACCUACUGUCUGGACUGGCCCGCCUGCUGCCCAAAGGAGCAUGUGCCGGGCAAAACCCAGUAUCCCCGAGCAACGGAACAUGGCCUCUGAACGCCACCACAUGCAGCAUCAACACAACAGAUGUUCCCAGAGAAGACGGAGAAGAGGGGGCGGAGGGCGAAGGGAAGAAGGAGGGAGAAGAGAAUCCUCACUCCCAGUUCUCAGCUUUUGUUCAGCUGUGGGCAGGACUGCAGCCCAUUCUGUGUGGGAACAACAGGAUCAUUGAGCCAGAGGCGCUGAAGCAGGGGAAUAUGAGCUCACUGGGAUUCACCAGCAAAGAACAAAGGAACCUGGGCCUGCUUGUUCACCUGAUGACUACAAAUCCCAAGAUCCUCUACUCCCCCAUUGGCUCUCAGGUGGACAAAGUGAUUCAGAAGGCGAAUGAGACGUUUGCAUUUGUUGGGAAUGUGACUCACUACACCCGGGUGUGGCUGAACAUUUCUGCCCAGCUCAGGACCAUUCUGGAGGAGGGCCGCCUGCAGAACCAUGUGCUGUGGCUCCAGCAGCUGUCCUCAGAGCUGCAGCAGCAGCCGGAGCUGCUGAACGGCACCGACAGCGAGCUGAUGCAGGCACUGAUGAUGGGAAACUACACACUGCCCAACACCUCCACCCUGCUGGAGCAACUAGACACAAUCGACAACGCUGCCUGCGGCUGGACACGCUUCAUGUCAAAGGUCAGUGUGGAUGUGUUCAAAGGCUUCCCUGAUGAGGACAGCAUAGUCAACUACACCCUGAACCAGGCCUACCAGGACAAUGUUUCUGUGUUUGCCAGUGUGAUUUUUCAGACUAACAAGGAUGGUUCUUUGCCACCUCAUGUUCUGUACAAAAUAAGACAGAACUCCAGCUUCACAGAGAAGACUAAUGAAAUCAGAAGAGCCUACUGGAGACCUGGGCCCAACACCGGUGGGAAAUUCUACUUCCUCUAUGGUUUUGUGUGGAUUCAGGAUAUGAUAGAGAGAGCCAUAAUCAACACAUUUGUGGGUCACGAUGUGGUGGAACCCGGUAACUAUGUCCAGAUGUUCCCCUACCCAUGUUACACUAGAGAUGAUUUCCUGUUUGUGAUUGAGCACAUGAUGCCCCUCUGCAUGGUGAUAUCCUGGGUAUAUUCUGUAGCUAUGAUGAUUCAGCACAUAGUAGCAGAGAAAGAACAUCGGCUCAAAGAGGUGAUGAAGAUGAUGGGCCUGAACAAUGCCGUUCACUGGGUGGCCUGGUUCAUCACUGGCUUUGUCCAGCUCUCCAUCUCCGUCACUGCUCUCACAGCCAUCCUGAAGUACGGUAGAGUGUUACUCCAUAGUGACCCACUGAUCAUCUGGCUCUUCUUAACUAUUUAUGCGGUGGCCACCAUCAUGUUCUGUUUCUUGGUGUCAGUAAUCUACUCCAAAGCUAAGCUAGCUUCAGCCUGUGGAGGAAUCAUCUACUUCCUCAGCUAUGUGCCCUACAUGUAUGUAGCCAUAAGGGAAGAGGUGGCCCAUGACAAGAUCACUGCUUUUGAGAAAUGCAUUGCUUCUCUCAUGUCCACCACAGCCUUCGGUCUUGGCUCCAAGUAUUUUGCCCUGUAUGAGGUGGCAGGUGUUGGCAUCCAGUGGCGCACCAUCAGUCAGUCACCUGUAGAGGGCGAUGACUUUAAUCUGAGCCUUUCCAUGAUGAUGCUCAUUAUAGAUGCUGGGGUGUACGGUGUGCUAACCUGGUACAUAGAAGCUGUUCAUCCAGGGAUGUAUGGGCUGCCACGCCCAUGGUACUUCCCUCUGCAGAGGUCCUAUUGGUCAGGCAGUGGGCGUGUUGAGACCUGGGAUUGGCCCUGGUGUAGAGGAGGAGCUGCCAGGCUCAGUGUGAUGGAGGAGGACCAGGCAUGUGCCAUGGAUCAGCGCCGGUCCGAGGAGAUGCGGGGCAUGGAGGAGGAGCCGAGCCACCUGAGCCUGGUGGUCUGCAUAGACAAACUGACCAAGGUGUACAAGACCGGCAGCAAACUGGCCCUCAACAACCUGAGCCUCAACCUCUAUGAAAACCAGGUGGUCUCCUUCCUGGGACACAAUGGAGCUGGAAAAACCACCACCAUGUCCAUCCUGACAGGCUUGUUUCCUCCCACCUCCGGCUCUGCCACCAUAUACGGCCACGACAUCCGCACCGAAAUGGAUCGGAUCCGUCAGAACCUGGGCAUGUGUCCGCAGCACAACGUUCUCUUUGAUAAGCUCAGUGUAGAGGAGCACCUGUGGUUCUACUCCAGGCUCAAAGGCAUGGCAGAGGAUGACAUCUGCAAGGAGAUGGACAAAAUGAUUGUGGACCUGGAGCUAUCUAACAAGCGACACAGCUUGGUUCAGACCCUGUCAGGUGGGAUGAAGAGGAAGCUGUCAGUGGCCAUAGCCUUCGUAGGCGGCUCCAGAGCCGUCAUCCUGGACGAGCCCACUGCGGGGGUGGAUCCUUAUGCCCGCAGGGCCAUCUGGGACCUGAUCCUCAAGUACAAACAGGGCCGGACCAUCCUGCUGUCCACCCAUCAUAUGGACGAAGCCGAUCUUUUGGGAGAUCGCAUUGCCAUCAUCUUGCAUGGAAAGCUUAAGUGCUGUGGAACACCACUUUUUCUGAAGAGCACAUAUGGAGAUGGAUACAAACUGACACUGGUGAAAAAGCAAAGUGAAGGCAGAGGCCAGGGGAGCCAGACCAAGUCUCCCUCCUCUUCAUCUCCAUCCUCUUCGCUGUCACCCUGCUCAGAAACUCAGGUCACUGAGUUUAUUCAGCAGUUUGUGGAUACCUGCCUGCUGGUGUCUGACUCCAACACUGAGCUCUCCUAUGUCCUGCCCUCCGAAUCAGUCAAGAAGGGCUGCUUUGAGAGGCUGUUCCAGGCUUUGGAGCAGAGCCUGACUGGCCUGGCUCUGACCAGCUUUGGAGUGAUGGACACCACGCUGGAGGAAGUGUUCCUCAAAGUCUGUGAGGUGGACCAGUCUCUGGACAACAGUGACGCUGACAUGAAGAGCUCACCUGGGGGCAGCUCACUGGGGAAGCUGUCAGUGGGAUCAGGGGCUCAGGAUGGACUAGCGCCUGAGACCGGACCCUCGCUGCACAGUGAGGAGUCUGAGGUUGAGCUGAGUAAUCUGGUGCAGUGCUCCAGGCUCAGCCAGAGCCAGGUGUCACUGAAAUCCUCCUCGUCUGUGGGCUCGGUGCGUGGAGACGAGGGGGGGCCGUAUGCAGAUUUCUAUGGGGAUUACUGCCCUCUGUUUGAGAACGGCCAGGAGUCGGACUCUGCCAGCCUGAGAGGCGAUCCAGAAAAUCCCACCUCCCCAGAGCUGGAAGACCUGGAGGGGCAGGGCAGCUUCAAGCUGGAGGGGUGGUGGCUGAAACUGAGUCAGUUUCAUGGCCUCAUCAUAAAGAGGUUCCACUGUGCCAAGAGAAACACCAAGGGCCUCUUCUCCCAGAUCCUCCUGCCUGCUUUCUUUGUCUGUGUUGCUAUGACUGUGGCCUUAUCCGUGCCAGAGAUCGGAGAUCUACCACCGCUCAUCUUGUCUCCUUCUCAGUAUCAUAACUACACCCAGCCCAGAGGCAACUUCAUCCCCUACGCCAACGAAGACAGGCCCCAGUACAGGAGUAUGCUGUCACCAGAUGCCAGGCCGCACAAGAUCAUCAACACCCUCCGACUUCCCUCAGGUGUGGGGGCAACGUGUGUCCUUAAGACCCCCUUCAACAGCACCCUGGACCAGCUGGCCCAGACCCUCAACCCCAGUGCCAACAACUCCAAGACCCUGGCUGCCCAGUACUUUGACUCUAUGUGUCUGGACUCCUUCACCCAGGGGGUCCCCCUCUCCAACUUUGUGCCCCCGCCACCUUCCCCGGCUCCCUCAGAUGACCCAGACCCUCAUUUUAUUGCCCCUACAACCACAAUUCACGAUCCCGUUACAUCUCCUCCUACCCUCCCUCUCUCCAUCCGUGAGCCGGUGCGUUGUACCUGCUCUAUGCAGGGCACGGGCUUCUCCUGCCCCAGUGGGGUCGGAGGUCGCCCCCCUCUCAUGAAGGUGGUGACGGGGGACAUUUUGGUGGACAUCACAGGGCGGAACGUCUCUGAGUAUCUGCUCUUCACUUCGGACAGAGUGCGGCUUCACAGAUACGGUGGUUUAACUGUGGGGAACAUCCAGAAAUCCAUCCCUGCCUCCUUCGGAAGGAACAUUCCUCCAAUGGUUCGCAAGAUAGCCGUACGCAGAUCAGCUCAGGUCUUGUACAACAACAAAGGCUACCACAGCAUGCCAACCUAUCUGAAUGUACUGAACAACGCCAUCCUGCGCGCCAACUUACCUGCAUCCAAAGGCAACCCUGCUGCUUAUGGAAUCACACUGACCAACCAUCCAAUGAAUAGAACCAGUGCCAGCCUUUCUUUGGACUAUUUGCUGCAGGGCACCGACGUGGUGAUAGCCAUCUUCAUUAUUGUUGCCAUGUCCUUCGUACCUGCCAGCUUUGUGGUUUUCCUGGUUGCAGAGAAAUCCACUAAAGCCAAACAUCUGCAGUUCGUCAGUGGCUGUGACCCUGUCAUCUACUGGCUGGCCAACUACAUCUGGGACAUGCUGAACUACCUGGUACCUGCCACAUGUUGCGUCAUCAUCUUGUUUGUGUUCGACCUGCCAGCCUACACCUCCCCCACCAACUUCCCAGCCGUCCUCUCCCUGUUCCUCCUCUACGGGUGGUCCAUCAUUCCCAUCAUGUAUCCAGCAUCCUUCUGGUUUGAUGUUCCCAGUACAGCCUACGUCUUCCUCAUCGUCAUCAACCUCUUCAUAGGCAUAACUGCAACCGUGGCCACCUUCCUCCUGCAGCUGUUUGAGCAUGACAAGGAUCUAAAGAGAGUCAACAGCUACCUGAAGUCCUGCUUCCUCAUCUUCCCCAACUACAACCUGGGUCACGGUCUGAUGGAGAUGGCCUACAACGAGUACAUCAAUGAAUACUACGCUAAAAUAGGCCAGUUUGACAAGAUGAAGUCUCCGUUUGAGUGGGAUAUUGUGACUCGAGGACUCGUUGCUAUGACGAUAGAAGGCUUUGUUGGCUUCCUCAUCACCAUCCUUUGCCAAUACAACUUCCUGAGGAAACCACCGAGGGUGCCGGUCAGCUGCCAGCCUGUCGAUGAUGAUGAUGUAGAUGUGGCCUGUGAGAGACAGAGAGUGCUGCGGGGCGAUGCUGACAGUGACAUGCUGCAGAUCGAGAACCUGACAAAGGUGUAUAAAUCCAGGAAGAUGGGUCGCAUCCUGGCCGUGGACCGCCUGUGUCUUGGCGUCCGGCCCGGGGAGUGCUUCGGGUUGCUGGGAGUGAACGGAGCAGGGAAGACCACCACAUUCAAGAUGCUCACCGGAGACGAGUGCACCUCUGGAGGAGAGGCUUUCAUCAACAGAAACAGCAUCCUGAAGGACCUUCUGCGUGUCCAGCAGAGUAUCGGCUACUGUCCACAGUUUGAUGCUCUGUUUGAUGACCUGACUGCCAGGGAGCAUCUGCAGCUUUAUACUCGCCUUCGUGGGAUUCCCUGGAAGGACCAGGAAAGGGUUGUGCAGUGGGCUUUAGAAAAGUUGGAGCUAUCAAAAUAUGCAGACAAGCCAGCUGGGACUUACAGCGGAGGAAACAAACGCAAGCUCUCCACAGCUAUUGCUCUGAUCGGAUACCCGUCCCUCAUCUUCCUGGAUGAACCCACCACUGGCAUGGACCCCAAGGCCCGCAGGUUCCUCUGGAAUCUAAUCCUGGACAUAAUCAAGACGGGCCGCUCCGUUGUGCUCACAUCACACAGCAUGGAGGAGUGUGAAGCACUGUGCACUCGACUGGGAAUUAUGGUAAACGGCCGGUUUAAAUGUCUGGGCAGCAUCCAGCAUCUAAAGAACAGAUUUGGGGAUGGCUACAUGAUAACUGUGAGGACUAAAAGCAGCGGUAAUGUGAAGGAGGUGGUGCGGUUCUUCAACAGGAACUUCCCUGAAGCUGUUCUGAAGGAGCGUCACCCCACCAAGGUCCAGUACCAGCUCAAGUCUGAGAGCAUCUCCCUGGCCCAGGUGUUCAGUAAGAUGGAGCAAGUGGUGGAGGUCCUGGGCAUUGAGGACUACUCCGUCAGUCAGACCACCCUGGACAACGUGUUUGUUAACUUUGCCAAGAAGCAGAGCGACAACCUGGAGCAGCAGGAGGUUCUGCCCCCUGGUGGCGGGCAGUCCCCAUUGCAGCGCAUCUUCAGUUUCCUGAAAGUGCGGCCUGCCAACACAGAGUUGAAUGCUCUGAUCAGUGAGGCUCCAGAGGAGCUCGAUACUGAUGAUGAUGAAGGACUCGUCAGUUUUGAAGAGGAAAGGGUAAUAACACGGAGGGGUUUUGGUCGGGUUCUGGAACUGCUAAACAGACCUGGGUGGUGCAGAGAAGGGAAAAUGGGUGAACGACCGUUGGAAAGGCCGGUGCUCAAGAGUUGAUUUGCAUUUGCAUGGUGAUGGAGCAACACGGACAACACAGUUUUUGACAAUUCUUUGCAGUUUCUUACAAUUUCCCAUUCUGACAAAAACUCUUGCCGAUUGCCCUGAAGCUCUAAGCGCAUGGCAGCGCUAGCUGUCAAUAGCUGCCGAAAAUCCCACUUUUUUUCUGGUGAUUUAGUAUUUAAGAUGAAAAGAAAACACUGUAAAUCUCUUUCUACACCAAGAACUCAAAGGGCAGUUUUAGCUUCACCUGGUUAAAAUCGUUUGGCUGUUUAGUUAUUAAUCUGUUAAUCACCAGCUCCGCCUGCACUGUGUGGAUGGAAAGCAGAAAUGACUGAACAUUUCUUAGCUGCAGAUCUAUGUUGUGCUACAGAUGAUCAAGUAUUUACUGAAGGAAUGCUGCUGUUGAAUUUUAGGGAAUAAAAUGUUUGUUAUUUUGAAUAAGAAUUGAAUUAUUUGUUUAUUUGUAUCUUUUAACGUAUUUCUAAUACUGUAUAAAUAACGCUUAAGCGGUAAAAUGAAAAAUCUGCUUAAUGUGCCAAUUCAUUUUAUCUGAAUAAUCGUCAGGAUAAUUGAUUAUCGAUUGAUGAUCACACUAAAACAGGACCUGGUGUCAUUCUUUAACCUCUGGCUUUGACCAAGCAGCUGGAAAGCAGACUGCUGUUCUGUGAAAAACCAACCUUCCCUUUGUGUGUGUGUGUGUGUGUGUGUGUGUGUGUGUGUGUGGCAGGUGCAGCUCUCCUUCAACACAGACACCCUCUGUUAAAACAGAGACUGAACUGAUCCCACUCUUUUGGACCUCUGAGGCUUACAGAAUGACCUCUGACCCCAGGGGACGUUUGGACCUCUACAGGCUGCUGGGUGGGACAGCGGUGGCUGCAGACAGAGCUGCAGGAUGGAGGGCCACUCCACCCACAGCUUCUCCUGAAUGUAUGAGUGGCUGUCAUGCAGCUACACCUGGAUGGAUGUGAAAGACUGUUUGGUUCUGCAGCUUACUUUGACCAGAUGGACCAGUGGAACCAGAGUGGAACCCUUACACCAAUCUCAGCUUGUCUUGAGAGCAUGCAGUCAUGAUGAGAAUGUAAUAGUCUAUUUUUCUGUGGCAGGAAGAAUGAUUUAUUUUGGAUAUUGUAAGAACAGCAGAUCUUACAUGGAGACGCUUUUUGAUGUCAGUCACCUAGAGGCCGUUCACACAGCUUGAUUAUUGUCCUGAUGGUGGCGCACUGUCCUCAUCUUGCUCUGUGUCAGACAAAAUGUUUUCCUUUGUGCUUUAGACAUAUCAUAUUGUGGACUAUCAGUUUUAUACAGUGUGUAUAGUAAGUUAACAGUUACUGCAUCAACCUGGAGAGACGACGACCGAGCUGCCAUCACUGUGACACUAAAACCAACUCAGUCCACAAUAUUUACUACUGGAACUACCUUCAGCUUAAUGUUUAUUAAUUACAAGAUUUCUGUGAUGUAUUUUAUAUAAAUGUGCAAAAGACAGAAAAAAGAAGCAUAUUUCCAGAAAGCAGAAGUUAGACUAUUUGCUGGCAUGUGGAUUUAAUCAACUUUUUUCAUUAGUUUUGUUAAACCAAGUAGUGAUUCCUCUUGUUCAGAAUUGUUGUUUCAUUCCUCCUUUCACAAACAUUUCCAGUCCCGGAUUUUGGUUUUAAUAUUUAAAUACUGGCAUUUUUCUGAUGUGAUCGUUAAACUUGAAAACUUCUGAUUUUUUUUGUCUGAAGGUGUAUAAGCAGACAGAGGCAUUGUCAGCUUGUAUUCAUUUUAUUGUAAAAUCUGAUUGAAAAGGCCACAACUGGAUCUCACAGAUGCACAUCUGUCUGAUCACCUGACUCUGAAAUCACAGCUCUGAACUUUUUUCUGUUAAAUUAAUGAAAAGAAUCAUAGAUCAGUUUAGUUCUUCAUUCUUUUGAAUGCAAACAUAUAACUAUAGUAAUCAGUUUUAUCAUAAUUAAGUCUAAUUACAGAAGCGGUGUGUAGAUCGAUCCUCACUGCUGCCAUGGGAACCAUCAGCAAGGAAGAACCAGAUGUCCAUUAAUUCACAACCUUCACUAGAGAUCAAUCUGGAAAGAGUUCUGAUCAUUUCCAAACAAUCUGAAGUUCAUUCAUGUGAAAAAGAAAGUUCAGGUAGGAAACCUGCCAACCCCAAGAGAAAAGGUCACCUCAGACUCUUCAGGCUUCAUGCUAAAGGUUAAAGUUCAUAAAAAGACUAUUAGAAAUAUUGACCCAAAACUACAGUUAAAUAAAUCCAAAACUUUCUGGACUGUAUGAAGAGCAGAUGAGACCAGAGAUGUUUGACCAUAACUUUUAUCAAGCACUGCUGACAGUGACUGUAAACACAGCAGAACGUCUCCAGAAGAAAAAGAAAACUCAAAAGUGAGACCUUAAUAGUCAUGCAUUUAGAAAUGCUGAAGAUGUUAAAGUGGAGACUUUCAAUUAGUCACACAAAGCUUCUGGGAGUGUUCAAUUAUAUUAUUAUGAUGAUCUUAUCACAAACUGUUUUAGAUUCAGUUCAUGGAACAGAACACCAGUACUUAGUUUCCACCAGUGAUCUGUUUAUUUAUUGACCAGAUCAUUUUCUACUUGAACUUCUAGUACUGGGACAUCAGAAAUGAGUUUAGACUUUACUUCUAACUGGCGCUACAAAUCAGCAGCAACUUGUUUCAGACUAACAGGGCAGUAAUUCAUGUCACCAGCAGCAGAUUUAUGCAAACUUUUAAAGAGAGAUUGAUUGAAAUCUGGAACUUCAAAACUUGUAUUUGGAGGUGAUGAGAGUCAGCAGAUUGUCAUUUGGGUGAUGUGUUUUAUGUUAGCAUUUUAUUUGAAUAAGGAAGCAGUUGUUUCCCUGAGAUGAAGGUACAGUCACCCACCGGCCCUUAAUGUUGUUGAGCUUUACCUUGGGCUUUGCAGCACUGGACACUGUUCAGAGUCUGCUAAAGAAAUGUUGAUUCUUUUUCAUUUGGGGCUCUUGAUUUUGUUUUGUUUUCACAUCAGCAUAUUUAAACAUAACUUUCCAUGUACAGACUGCUCAGAUGUUCCUAAUAAAGCUUUCUGUGAGUAUAAAUUCACACAGACA